UCUCUUCUUGGAUAAAUGUAUAUAUGUAUGCUCAAAAUCAAAGCCCUGCUCUUCAGUGUUAAAGCUGCAAGGUUAUACGCAGGGCCAGAAGUAGAUAUCUGGAGCAGUGGUGUUAUUCUCUAUGCUUUAUUAUGUGGAACUCUUCCCUUUGAUGAUGAUCAUGUGCCAACACUUUUUAAGAAGAUAUGUGAUGGUAUCUUUUAUACGCCUCAGUACUUAAAUUCAGCAGUAAUUAGUCUCUUGAAACACAUGCUACAGGUGGAUCCUAUGAAGAGAGCUACAGUGAAAGACAUAAGGGAACACGAAUGGUUUAAGCAAGACCUCCCCAAGUACCUCUUUCCUGAAGAUCCUUCUUACAGUUCAACUAUGAUUGAUGAUGAAGCCUUAAAAGAAGUCUGUGAUAAGUUUGAAUGUACAGAGGAGGAAGUGCUAAGCUGCUUGUAUAAUCGCAAUCAUCAGGAUCCUUUAGCAGUUGCCUAUCACCUCAUUAUAGAUAACAGAAGAAUAAUGAAUGAAGCAAAAGACUUCUACUUAGCUACAAGCCCACCAGAUUCCUUUCUUGAUGACCAUUUUUCCCGACCUCACCCUGAAAGAGUGCCAUUUUUAGUUGCUGAAGUACCACGGUCACGCCACACACUUGAUGAGCUAAAUCCACAAAAGUCCAAACAUCAGGGGGUCAGAAGAGCUAAAUGGCAUUUAGGAAUACGGAGUCAGAGUCGGCCAAAUGACAUAAUGGCUGAAGUUUGUCGGGCAAUCAAGCAGUUGGGUUAUGAAUGGAAGGUUGUAAAUCCAUACUACUUGCGUGUUCGGAGAAAGAAUUCAGUAACAGGCACAUAUUCCAAAAUGAGCCUGCAAUUAUACCAGGUGGAUAGCAGGACUUAUCUACUGGACUUCCGUAGCAUUGAUGAUGAAAUCAUUGAAGGAAAAUCGGGGACUACCACUCCCCAAAGGUCAGGCUCUGUGACUAAUUAUAAAUCUGGUCAGAAGGACUCAGACAGCGAUGUUCCAGCAAAACCAUCUGAUGCAUCUCUUACCUCUUCAGUGACCUCUUCACUUGACUCUUCUACAACUGAAUUAACCCCAAGAUCAGGGAGUCACACAAUAGAAUUUUUUGAAAUGUGUGCAAAUCUUAUUAAAAUACUUGCACAAUGAUUUAUAAGGUUGGCUUUUUUUUACAGCAAUAAGCAUGCCGAAAAAGAAAAAAA